AUGAAGGUCUACGACGUGGCUCUUGUGGAGAUGACAGAUGAUGAUCGUGAGACGCAAUUAUUCGAGUUAGAAGCGUUAGAAAGCGUGCUCAGAGAGAAUAAAUUAACAAAAACGAGUGAUUGGACAAAUAAAAAUGCUGUGAUUGAGGGAAUCAUUGAGGUGGGAUUCGACUCAAUUUCCGAUCCAAAAGUCACAAUAGAAGGAACUUCUGAAACAGGCGAAAACUUCUCUCUUUCCUUCGAUAUACUUCCUCCUGUUCGACUGAAAUUCCGCCUUCCUGCAGAUUAUCCUUCAGUUUCAUCACCCAUUCUAGAGUUGGAAAGCGAUUGGAUGAAUCAGGAACAAAUGACAACGUGUGAGGCAGAACUUGUGAAGAUUUGUGAAGAUAAUCUGAUGAUGGGUGUGCUUUUCCUUUGCUAUCAGGCAAUUAUUGAUUUGAUAGACCAGUUACCGACAAGAGUAAUCAAAUUGAACGAAGCAAAUGUUCUAAACAAAAAUGGAGGAUCAAUUGAUUCACUGAAAAAGAAAAUAUUAGGAAAAGGGGAGGAAGCAGCUGAAGAACACUUUGUGAACACACUUUUCGACUGUGAAGUCUGCUAUGACAGUUUCAUGGGACACAACUGCAUUAAAUUCCAGCCAUGCGCACAUGUUUUCUGUAAAUCCUGUACAUUUGAUUAUUAUCGAUCGAUGGCAAAAGGAGUUGUGUCAAAAGCUAUGCAAUGCCUCGCAGAGGGAUGCAAAAGCGAAGCACAGGAAAAUAUCGUCAAGGAGGCGCUAGGAGACGAGCUUUAUGCCAAGUAUGAAGUUACUUUGGUUGAAAAGGCUAUUCGUGAGAUGGCCGACAGUGUUGAGUGUCCUAGAGAGAAUUGCCAAAAAGUGGCAUAUGUUACGGACAGACAGAGAAAUCUUGCCGAAUGCUCAUAUUGUCAAUUCUCUUUUUGCAAUUUGUGUAAGCAGACGUUUCAUGGAAUAUCAGGAUGCAAAUGGAAGAAGGGAGAUAAGGAGAAAUUAGUAAAACAGUGGCAAGGAGACGAUGAACAUAUCAAAGCUGAUAUGUGUCGACAGUUUGGAGGAGAGAAACAUGUUGAAGCUCUUGUUGAACGUUUUCUCAAUGAGGAAUGGCUUGAUUCUAACAGUAAACCAUGUCCGAAAUGCUCAGUCAGUAUUGAAAAGAAUGAAGGGUGUCACAAGAUGCACUGCACAAAAUGCGAUACAUAUUUCUGUUGGCUUUGCGCUGCUGCACUUGACAAAGUAGAUCCCUACAAGCACUUCCAAGGAGAUGGUACCUGCUCUGGUCGACUCUUUGAAGGUGUUCAUAACUUCUUCGAGGAGGAAGAAGAGGGAGACGAUCACCUGUUCGAGAUGGCAUUCGACGAAGGAAGCGAUUACGAGAGUGACGAUUCGGUCGAUUUCGAAAUCGAGGAUCAGCUAGAAGAAUGGUUGGAACGAGAGGGACACUUUGAUGAUGGACCGGAUGGAAUGGGAGAUUUGGAAGCCGGUGAUUAA